GAUGCGUGUUUGAACGCGGUGUCUGUUUAUAAGCAGAGAACAUGGAAAAGUUUAUUCUCACUCUCCAUCAAAAGCAGUUCUUGUGUUGUUGAGAUGGCGACCACCGGCAGCUCCUCGGCCUCUGACAGGAUGUACUCCCAACUGAUAGACGAGGGCAGUUAUGAGGAGUCCAGCCACAGACCAGAUGUGCAUCAAGGCGAUUACCCAGUCAAAGACCUCAGGCGGAGUGGCCCGGGUCCCUACCGCUUUGCCACCAUCUGCCUGGCUACACUCUGUGCUAUCCUCCUGAUCUCGAUCAUCGCUGUCACCGCUCACUAUAAGAACAAACCCCCGCCUGGUGCUGAAGCAACUGCAGAGAUGCAGAAGGAAAACGCAAAUGUUUCAGCAUUGAUGGUGUUAAUCACAAAACUCCAGCAGGCGAAUAAACAACUGCAGAAAGAAAAAGAAGCGCUGCAGGUGAACCUUACCUCCAUAAUGACAGCCAAAGCCACUGAAGCCACAUCUAAACCAACCAGAGCCCCUAUUGUGUGUCCUACGAACUGGCGUCUCUUCAACGACAGCUGUUACCUGAUUGCUAACGAUCCCAAAAGUUGGUCUGUCAGCCAAAUGUACUGUCAAAGACAAGGAGGUCACCUGGCCAUUAUCCUAACAGCUGAAGAGCAGACCUUUCUGUGGGAUCUCCUUCCCAGAGGACACUGGAACUCAUACUGGUUUGGAAUCACCGAUGGAGAGACAGAGGAUGAGUGGAAAUGGGUCGACGACACUCCGCUAGUUGGAGGUUUCUGGGAGGAAAACGAGCCCAAUAACCACAUCAAUGAGGACUGUGGUUACAUCGUCAAGACGCAGGUGAUGGAACGUGUGGCGACAAAGAGCUGGUACGAUGCCCCCUGCAGCAUGUUGCUGCCCUACAUUUGCGAGAAGGAGAUGGGCGGUACCACACAGUAGUGAGAUGUUACCAACAAGACUGGCUAAAGAGAGACCUUCAGUCAGCUGCUCGUUUUAUUUUACAAAGAGGUUGUUUUACUGGAAUAUAGAAUUGGUGUAUCUGUGGUUGUGUUUGCAUUUCACAUUUGUAUUUGAUUAGAAUGCACUUUAAGAUGACAACAUUUCUGAUCAUUUGAAAGAAUCAGCAGCAGAUUUUGCAGGAUUAUGUUAAACUACUAUUUAAUCACUAUUGAAUCACUCAAAUUAUUAAAAUGUGUGUGAAAGGGAUCUUGUGAAUUUCCAAAGUUUUUCAGGCUAACUGUAUUUGACCUGUUGCUGUUUCAGCAAUUUAUCAGAUUAACACAAAUAAACAAAAUCUGUGCUAUAAUUUCUAGUCUGCCAUUAAAUCUAGUGUUGUUUGUUUA